CCCAGGCCAAACCCAGUUGAAAUGUCAGUCUUAGGCUCAUGGUUAUAGAAAAGUCAUUGAAGCAAAAGUAGGUUUUCAUGUGAUUUAAAAGAUGAUAUAGAUUUGAUCUUAGUUUAGCCUUUAAAUGGGUUCCUGCACUGUCUUGCUUAUGUUGCCGUGUGCGCACGGGGGCAGUGUUUGGUCGUUAAUUGGCUCUUUCAUGUAGAGCAGGCUGCUGCUGAUUGGUCGCCUGUGAAACAUCUGUAUCCAUAGUUCGAUUUGUUCUAGUCUCCGGCCAGAAAGCUGCUUAUAGCUCAGAGCCUGGAGUGUUAAACUAGCUAUAGCUUCGUUGUUACGGAGCCCUCUAUUGUACAGAAUAGGUUUAAGAACAUUUCAGCUCAUACAGUUUGUGUCGAAGUCGGGCCUAUAUAUAGUACUAUAUAUCUGCAACAUUUUUAUUACAUAUUCUCCCAAGCAGGGAGGAAAAGUUUUGGGGCCCUGACGGAAGACGAAUGAAUAACUGAAAUGUUAAACCGAUUGAAGACCUCACUGUCUGUCGGCUGGUUACAAACACAGCUUCAGAAAUAAUGUAAGACAGUAGCACGCUUCAUGUUGAGGAAGGUACAGCCAAGUAGUUGUUUUUUUCUUGAGUGCUAUGUUCCAAGUAGCCCUGAGGACGUGAGUGAAGCCCAUCCCACUCCGUCCCCUAAAUUCACUGCGCCUGCUGUAACGCAGGAGGCGUUUGGCGCUGGAUUUGCCGGCUCCCUUGUAUACAGCCAGCCUCUGUAACCUCCAGGUAUGCUGGUGCCUCUCUUUGCAGGCAUCGUGGCAGACACAAAGGAACUCGUUUUACUUUUUUUUUUCUAUUUUUAAGGCGACCGACUUCAUCCGCUCCCCGCUCGCCGUUGGCCAGCCUGCGUGGCCGUAAGCAACGUGAAAAUCGCUCUCCGCUUGGAUUCGGCUGUGUGUACAUUUCACCUACAACGAGCAGCAGUGGCUUAAAUGGACUAUCGAUAAGUUUCUAAUCAGAUUGACGAUCGUUGUGUCAGCGGAGGGAAGUCGCUGCCAAAUUGGCCGCGAGCGAGCUGAUCUCUUAAUGGACCGUUGAAUUGUUAAAUGACACAGCGAUGAAUGUUGUGAUUUCUCUCCCGUGAUACAAGAUAGCUUAUCUGGAGCCACAGCAGCUGCUCGCCGGACGCUUUUAUGCAUAACCUUUGCAGGGUCAAGAUGCAGUUUCGGACUGUGCUGGACGUGAAAGUCGUGGACGUGGAGAAGAGGCGUAAUCCGUCUAAACACUACGUGUAUCUCAUCAAUGUCACCUACUCUGACAACACAUCCCACAUUAUCUACAGAAGAUACAGCAAGUUCUUUGACUUACAGAUGCAGAUACUUGACAAGUUCCCAAUUGAGGGAGGGCAGAAAGACCCAAAGAAGAGGAUCAUCCCAUUUCUCCCAGGCAAAAUCCUGUUCCGGAGGAGUCAUGUGCGAGACGUGGCCAUGAAGCGGCUGCGUUUCAUCGACGACUACUGCAGGGCUCUGGUGCGACUCCCCCCUCAGAUUUCUCAAAGUGAGGAAGUGUUGCGCUUCUUUGAGACCAAAGCUGAGGACAUCAACCCCCCAGUGGAGGACUAUGGCUCCAAGCGCAAAUCGGUAUGGAUGUACGGCUUUACAGACAGCCCGAGGAAAGAGGCCUCAGGAAUUGACAGCUCGGAGCCCAUGGUCCUGGAGCAGUAUGUGGCUGUGGCCAACUACGAGAGGCAGGAAAACUCUGAGAUCAGCCUGAAAGCGGGCGAGACGGUGGACGUGAUUGAGAAGAGCGAAAGUGGCUGGUGGUUUGUCAGCACAGCAGAGGAGCAGGGCUGGGUGCCAGCCACAUACCUGGACUCCCAGAAUGUAACCAGAGACGAUUUGGAUCUGGGCACUUCCAGGACUGGAGAAGUCACUAAGAGACGCAAGGCACACCUGAAGAGGCUGGACCGCCGCUGGACCCUCGGGGGUAUAGUCAACCGCCAGCAGAGCAGAGAGGAGAAAUAUGUGACAGUACAGCCGUACACCAGUCAAGGGAAGGAUGAAGUCAGCUUUGAGAAAGGGGUAACCGUGGAGGUCAUCCAAAAGAAUCUGGAGGGCUGGUGGUUCAUCAGAUACUUAGGAAAAGAGGGCUGGGCUCCUGCCUCCUACUUGAAAAAGGUGAAAGACGACUUCUCUCCUCGCAAGAAGACCCUGACGGGCCCUGUGGAGAUCAUUGGCAACAUCAUGGAGAUCAGCAACCUGCUGCAAAAGAAAUCAGUUAGCGAGAAGGACAUCCAGGCAGACGGAGAGGGCAGCACCACACCUGAACGCCACAUAUCCAAAAGCGAGAUCAGCCUGCCCGUGCCCUAUAACUCUGAAAUCAAUGCGGAGACGGGCAGGAGGCUCAGUGCAGGCCGCGACACCAACAGCCCAUGUCUGGGAAUAGCAGCGAGUGCUGCCCUAAAUGAAAAUAAAGGGAGAGGCGAGCCAGGGUCCCCAGCUGUUGCAAGAGUGGCACCCCAUAGAGUGGAAAUUGGCUUUGAUACUAUAGGGUCUCCAAAUCUGAGACAAAAACCUCCGCCAAGAAGAGAAACCAACUUGGGAUUCCAGUUACCCAAGCCUCCAGAGCCACCUGCUGUGGAAGCAGAGUAUUACACCAUAGCAGAUUUCCAAUCCUCAAUCUCUGAUGGCAUCAGUUUCCGUGGAGGACAAAAGGCUGAUGUGAUAGAGAAGAACCCUGGAGGCUGGUGGUAUGUGCAGAUUGGAGAGAUGGAAGGCUGGGCCCCCUGCUCCUACAUUGAUAAACGUAAGAAGCCCAACCUCAGUCGUCGGACCAGCACCCUAACCCGACCCAAAGUCCCACCCCCUGCUCCACCUAUCAAAAAACAAGACUCUGAGGAGACUCCCCCUUCUGCUAAAUCUGCCUCAAAAGUCUCAGAGCCACCAAGCAGACCUGUGUAUGAGGAACCUGAAUAUGAUGUGCCGGCAAUUGGAUGUGAAGGUGAAUCUGACACAGAUUCCCUAAAAGAUGAGCGCACCCUGGAUGUGAAGAUCAGCAGCGCGGUCAGCGAUAAGUAUCGCAGCUCCCCUCCUUCUUGCAAGGCCUCUCCUCCUGUCUGCAAGGCGUCCCCUGUGUUCACCCAUCGAAGAGCAUCCUUUAGGUCUGUAGAGGAAGUUGCAAAAGAUGAGUGUAUCUAUGAGAAUGACGGCUUCAGGCGAAGCAGCGGCAGUGAAGGAACUUCAGUGAAAGGUUCCAGUGAACCGAAUUCCCCAAGAAGCUACCAUUCCUCCACAGUCCCACGCAAACCCUCUGGGUCCUCACCUUUAGCUGGUAGGCCCAUGAAGACCACGACACCAGAGAUGAACCGAAGAAGCCAGACCUUAGGCAGACACAUAGAUAUCAGCCUGAGAUCGCAGGACAACAGCCCCCAUUCUUCAUCAGAUGAAUUGAGCAGAGGCCCCAAAAAAGGCCCUGCUUUCACCCGGGAUGUGGAGCAGAGAUUAGGCCGGAGCCCCUCUACCAGGCCCAAGCCUUCUGUCAGACCUAAACCUCUCCUGACCAAAUCAGAGCCCCAGAGCCCUGAGAGGAUGGAUAUCAGUUCCCUGAGACGUCAGCUGAGGCCUACAAGUCAGUUUCGACAUGGCCUCAAACCUAGUCGCGGGGACGACUCUGAAACGGCCUCUGUUAUCUCAUCGGAGGACUCCAUGUGUUCCCGCAGCACGUCAGAUCUCUCUUCUGUUUAUUCCAAGGGGAGCCGUGGUGAUUCAGAUGUAGAAGGCCCCAAUCUCUAUCGUUCCCUGGAUGCCUAUAAGAAGGUCCAGGACUCUGAGGUCAGCUUUCCAGCUGGAGUGGAGGUUGAGGUUCUGGAGAAACAGGAGAGCGGUUGGUGGUACAUUCGAUGGGGAUCUGAGGAGGGCUGGGCUCCCUCAUACUACCUGGAACCUGUCAGACACGUGGCUGAUGCAGGGGGAUUAGACUCAGAUGGACAUGGUGGUGGUGGGAGUAAGUCCAACAGCCUGGAGAAAAAUGAACAGCACGUUUUGGCCCUCAAUAACAUCAAUAUUCAAGGUCUGAGCCAGCAUCAAGGUUUGAGGAGGAACACUCCACCAAUUCCUUCUAAGCCUCCUGGAGGCUUUUCGAAACCAUCUGGGAUGGUUAAUGGAGGUGUUCGGAUGAGGAAUGGGGUACGACAGGUGGCAGUGAGGCCCCAGUCUGUGUUUGUGACCACAACACAGCCAGCCAAAGAUGCACACUACAUGACAGGUUCUCUGAGACGAAAUGAGUCACUUGGCAGAAGUGAUCACUAUGGCUCUGGUUCUGCUACUCUUGGCAUACGCAGAAAUGCCUCCUUCAGCACCGUGCGGCCACAUGUAGUUGUCGAAAGUCAGACGAGGCCUGCUGAGCGCUCCAGCAUGGGGUCCUCAGGGAGUUCAUUCAGCACAAGCAAUGUCCAGGACGCUCUUAGCAGAGUUAACCAACGCAAUGGCAUCCCUGUGUCCACAGUCCGACCCAAGCCCAUAGACAAGAGCCAGCUGAUCCACAAUAACCUUGGUAGGGAUGUGUACGUGUCCAUCGCUGACUAUCGUGGUGAUGAGGAGACCAUGGGUUUCACUGAAGGCACUUGUCUGGAGGUUUUGGAAAGGAAUCCCAAUGGAUGGUGGUACUGCCAGGUGCAGGACAGCCUGCUUCCCCGCAAGGGAUGGGUGCCCUCCAACUACCUAGAGCGGAAAAAAUAAAACCAAACCCACAUCCUACCCUAUCCAUCUCUACUCCUCCCCCCUUUGAUGUCUUCAAGGAUGUGGGUGGCCCACUUCUUGCAAAUGUUACCCACAAUUUCCCCUAAGCAAUAUGUCCUUGACAAUGUAAAUUUAUGAAUAAACUGUGUGUAGAAAAAAAAAGAUGUUUUAAUCUGAUAAGUAAGGACACAUUUAGUGCUGGUUUACUAAAAUGUAUUUGAAGAGGAGUGUGUCUUUGAGAAACGAAAUGGUAUGAAUGGGAGUGAUAACCUCUUUAAGAGGUUUACAUCAUGUGAUCCAGAUGUUAAGCAAGGUAAUGGCCCUGCUUUUUCCUGCCCAUCACUGAUUAUGAUGGCUGAUAAGUGCCUUUUGUAUUUGUUCACUUGAACAGAGGUCCUACAUGGUGGAUGGCAAAACAUUAAAUCAACCAAAUCUUUUACGAGUGCCAUAGGUCUAUGAACACCACCAGUUCCACCACCAAUUAAGAGCUUCGUUAUGGAUUGCAAAGCGCAAAGUUGCAACGUUUUGAUCUUAAGUACUCAAAUUGGUUCCACACAGAUUAAAGAAAGAAAAACAGAGAUCUAAGGAACUCAAGUAACCAGAGAAUUUAUUUAAGAUACCAAGUCAUCAAACGAACUAAAACAUUUUAAUCAUGUUAUCAGUAUUUUUAUUUAGUUUUAUUGUUUUUGUUAUAAUGUCUUGUGUUGAUGCAAGCCUUCCUUAGAGAAUUAUUUCUGCUUUCUUGUGACAUCUGUUUUCCACCAAAAGCCUAGAAUUGGAAAAGUUAGAGCUCCUGUCUUACGUCUCAUAUCAUCUGACGCUGGUAAAGUAUACAGUAGGUGCUCAGGUUUGAUAAAUUUGCAUUGUCCCAGAAAAAAAUAUGUUGAUAUUUAUGUCUUCUAUUCCAGGUGUAAUUAUCUGGUCUAUCAAAUGUAUUUUAGAAAAAGAAAACCUGUAAAACUUGAAAAUAACAGUCAGAUAUUUCCUGGAAAAUACAUCAAAAGAACAACUUGUAACUUGAGGGAUCUCCAGAUCUAAAGCUCCGCCUGUCUGGGUAACCAGUAACCUCAAAAGAUGAAAGUAAUUAGUUUACAAAGGUUUAGGUUUACUGUAGUUUGAGGAACAAUUGAUUUUGUACAUAUAUUGUGUUGAAGCCAUAUAAAAAAUAAUACCGCUGUUACAGAGAUGUAUUGAAGUACUGGAAAUGCGGUGAAAUAAUUGAAUCCCAGGGACAUAUUUGCACAGCAUUUAGCCCAAAAUGUGAUCAAACCAAAGAGUUUUUUUUUGUGAUUUUACUUUUUAUUUAUGAUACAAGUAAUUCAGUAACAAAAUGACUUAGAUAAAGUUCCUGAACUUAAAAUAAAGUUUUCUCAUCCUGGUAGCACUUGAUAAAUCCAAAAUUUUUGAUCUAUGAAACAAGACAUAGACAAGUACAUUGUAAUGUUAUUGCUGUGCAGUAUGAGUGUGACAUUAAAUAGAAGACAACAUGGUGUAUUAACACUGUAUUGUUACAGAGUUAAAGUAUUUUUUUUAAUGCCCUUUAAAGUUUAAUUGGGUUUCAUAUCAUUUAACACCUUAUGUAAAUAAGACUAGAAAUAUGAAGUUAGAAAUAAUGUUGCCCCAAUGCAGAAGUGAAAUAUGACAAUUUGAAAUUCUGAGCUAAAAUUUAACUUUCAACAUUCAGAUGGCUGAUGCUCAAGACUGCUGAAAUACAUUUUCUAACGAUGUGUGUGAGCUCUCUGUACGAGGCUGAACACUAACUUUUUAUUAUGUUUCUGCUGGACAGUAUCAUAGUAUCAAACAAAGUACAGUACCUGCUAGAUCGCAGUUAUCUAUUUUAGCGAAACCAUAUUUGUUUGUUUAUUUGUUACUCUGUGAUCACACAGUGACAAUAAUGAGGAAUGAAGUGGUUCUGUUUUGUGAAUUAGUGCACUUUAAACAUGUUUUUAUGGUGCAUUAAUGUAAAGAUGCAGUAAAUACUCAGCAUAUUAUUUAUUGAAAGUUUUUGUAAUUAUUUAAUUUCACUCUAUUUUUUUUAACUCACCUCAGAUGAGAUGGGGAAAUCUAUCGUGAGUUCUCUCUAUGAUAGUGACCAUGCCAAAGUUUGAGUAGAAUUGGAGAAACAGCAACCUCCUAUGGGAGUUUAAAGGUACUGCAAGAUGAUUUUUGUCCCAGCCAUAAGGCUUACCAGCUGUCCUACCUCAGUGCAAUAAGAAAUGCACUGCUGGUCAGUGAGUCUCAUCAGUAAUUGUACAGAAAUAUGAUGCUUUUUUUUAUUUUUAAAUAUCAGUGCAGCUAAAAAAAAUUUUUUUUUUAUAGCUCGUGUUUUGUACUGGGCAAUAAUUUAUGACAUUGAAAAUCUUAAGAAAAAAGAUUUUUUUUUUUCCUCCAUGCUGUGUGCUGCAACUUAAGCAAAUCAUGGGCACUUCCUUCAUCUUUAUUGUGCUUUACAUAAUGCCUGAUUUUAUGUGUAUUUAUUAUGAAUGGUUUUAGAUCUCUUCACAGUUUGAUAAUCACCUCAGUCCCCCCCGUCCUGUUCAGAACAUUACUGUAUAGCAUUAUACAGCUUAUCAUGUUACACAAAUUCACUGACCUGAAUAUGCAAAAUGCAGACUCAAUAGUCACAAAAACUCCAAAAUAAUAAGGACCUAUAAAUAAUCAACUUAAGAAUGUUGAUAGACGAAGGCAUUAUGUAAAUGUGUUGAAUCACUUUUAAUAUUUCGCUCCAGCACGUAUUAUUAUUGCAUAUCGCUUUGUUUGAUUGAGCUGAAUUUACUUGGUUGAAAUAGCAAGGGAAUCGUUCUGUGUCAAGCCUACGUUUAGCUGUGUAGCGUCUAUCUUCAUUCAUGCUUUUACCUUUUAUUCCUUGUUUCCUUUUUUAGCCCUUUUUCGUCAAAUUCUGAAAUGUACCUGUGAGGAAAUGUGCAAUAGAAGCACAUCAUGCUUCAACAAGAGGAACAAUAUCGCAGGUCUACAAAAACAAUUCCACUAAAUUGGCUGGGAGUGGAUAUUCCCAGUCAAACUGCCAGUGAGCUUUCACCAUCAUUUCAUGUGUAUCCUUUAUCUAAAAGAGCAGAUGUGAGAGACCCUAAAACCAUCAGAAAACUCACUGACCAAAGCAGUGGUGUGUGACAUCCUGUUGUUAUCUUGACGUGGUGGACUUUUAUAAUAACUAACGAGAACCUCUGCUCCUCCUGGCCCGGAUCAGCAGUGGACAGUGAUUUGUAAAUGGCAUGGCAGAAACCCACUGACCCAUUCUGUACUGACAUUUCAUCCAACUUGGAUCUUCUGGAGAGUCAUGGGCCUAUCAACAGGGGCCUCGGUGGCCCUGCUCUGAGCUGUCACGUUUGUGCCUGAAUGGAAUUUUGAUAGUUUGUUUUUUUUUUUUUUGUCUUGCUGUUUUCUUUCUUUUCUCUUUUGUGUUUUCCCUCUGGAGUGUGUCCUCUCUGCACCUACGCAGAUACCUCUUUUGACAUUUACCCCUCCGCUGUCAUACCAAGUUAGACUUUCUCCUCACCAAUCACCAAGAUGAAGGUGAUAUUUGGAACCGAUGGCGGACAAAGAGACGUCAGCAGGAGAGUCUCAGCGGUAAACAAGAGAGCGAAUAGAUGAACGCUCCUUCAGGCCAUUUCAGUUCAAUCCAUCAACUUCCAGGACGUACUCCAAAAAUAGAAAAACCUUUAUUUUUCUCUUUGCUGAGCCCCAGGCAGGCCUUAUCCAUGUGCUACAGGUGAAUACGUUAUUGUGCUUUUGUAGUAGUUUUGUAGUCAAAACUCCACCUUGAAGGAAGUGUCUGACAUUUUGGGAAAAACCCCGAUUUGCUUUCUUUACAAGAGUUUAUAGGUUUGUUAGCACAAUGACUGAGAGCUGCGGGAAAGAGACCAGACUUGUAAGAAGGUUAAAUCUGGCAACACAUCUAAAGUUCACUCCUUAACUUACUUGUUUCCAGUCUUCAUGCUAAGUUACGCUCACUAUCUCCUUUUUAUUUAGCGAGAAGCAAUAGGUUUCUUUCCCAAAAUGUCUGUUUCUUUAAGGUACGGGCUUCUUAUUCAGUCAUGGUCUGCCAGUUCAGCCUGUCACGGUCGCACUGCUGUUAAACACACAUCCACACAACAGAAUGGAGUCGGUGGAGGUAAUAUUUUUUGCAUUCCACCUGUACAAUUGGCCAUGUCUGCACAUGCCACCACACAGCCAAUGGUGAUGAGGAACCGUUCAUGCCAGAGGAAAUGUAUACGUUUCCUGACAUAUUCCUUGAGGUCAGCCGGGUGAGAAACACGCAGGCACCCUGUUUCAGUCCAUGCUGUGUUUUUAUUUAAACAAAUGGAUGGUCAUCUCUCAGGCGUGGAGCAACCAAACGCUAACUUCUGCCACAGUGUGUUCUUACUGGCUAUACUUUCCUUCUGCACCCCAGUUCUUUCUCUCCCCUCGCCACACAUUUCCAUCCCUCCCUUCCUCGACACAGCCGAGCAGUCUAUUCCCUGUGGAACGAUCGAGAUAUCUAGGAGGGUUUCGGUAGCGGGCGGGGGUUGGUUUGUGUGCAUUGGUGUGUUUUUGCAUGAUGAGAUGGAUUGUUUGCAGGUGUGCUCAGGAGAAGAGAACUUGGAGGUCGUAGAGAAGGUUUGCAAGGGCAGGAUGCAGGGAGACGCAAGAUGGAUCAGAUAGUGGAUUGUAGGAGACGAGGUGAGAACGAGGCGAGAGAAGCUCUGCUUUGAUAGAAGGGAGAUGAGGCUAGUGGGUACUGUUUCCACUCUAAAAACUAUGAAAAAUAAUUCCUUCCAACAGAGACCCCAUUUUAUCCAACUGCUUCUAAAAAAAAAAAACCUCCCAAACUGUAAUGAGCUCUCCGCUUCCCAACCUGAGCUGUGAAAUCUAUUGACUCCAAACAGCGUUUUAAUUGUAGCACUUGACGGUUUUUUUGAAGCUGCACCAAAAGAAACUGCAAGUAAGUGAGAGACAAAUGAGUUGAACUACAGCAGCUUCUCUCAGUCUCACUCUCGGUCCAUAGACUCACUUUUAAACCUGAUCCCACAUCUGAGUUUAGCUUCUGUUACUGUCAGUGUCUUCAGAUCUCAUGGAGCCCUGGAGGUGUGAGAGAAGAGCAAAAAGCGGAAUGGAAAAAAAAGUUCUUUGGAAUCAGACAAAAAUGGCUUCAAAUGAAGGAUUUUUUUUGGUCUUCUUUGCCGUAUUCCUUUGAGUUUUUUUGUUGAAAAAAUAAUUGAAUGUUGUAAAAGUGUAGCAAAGGAUUUGAAGGGUUUAUUCACAUUCUGAAGAAACAAUGGAAAUAAAAAAAAGGCCUUCCAGCUCUUGAAUAAGGUGAUUUCAGAGUUAAUAAAGGGAGUGUUUUGAUGUAAGGAGGGGUAGGUUUGAUAAGAAAGGUUUCGUAAGUGUGUGGGGGAGCACGUGGGAGGUAUUUAGGGGGAUGAUUUUGUAUGUUUUUUAAUUAAUAUCUAGUUUUUGUGUUUUGAGUGUGAGAGUAGAAAGAAAAGAACAAGUGAAGCUAUGGGGGCUUUUUCUCCAGCAGUUGGUGCCAAAAAAAAGAAAAAAACCCCAAGCCUGUGAAUCCGGGAAUGCUGAUUAUUUAUGUCGUUCUGAAAACUUCCUCACAGAAUCGCAGUUGUUUGACGUGCCAGCGGGCAUCAGCGGGAGAUGUCUCCCGGCUCCAGAGAAAGAGGCUGUGUCGAGGAACGAGGCACGCCGCUGUGCCUCUGUGCCACUUUUCUUUGUCUCUGUUUGAAUUCCUGUCUCUAAUUACCACAACGGCGUGUCUUAAUUAAACAUAGCCAGUCACAUGAUAUCCCAGCGCCAACAGCUUUCUAAUCAACAAUGCCGCGGCUGCUGCCGUCGCCGCUCAGCCCGCGUUUUGUGUUGAGGCGUGGAGGAGGUGAGCUAUCAGAAGAGAUUGAUGUUGACUCACAGCUGAGAUUGAUGGGAAGGUGGGGCCUGUUUUUAGCCUUGAUGUUGCAUUUAUAGAACAGAAUUUGUCUCCACUCUGCUGUGGAGAGCAGUGUGCCGAGAAAAAACAAACAAACAAACAAACAAACAAAGCACUUGGAAGCCCAAUGCCAUCAAGCUCUCUCUUGAUCUGUAAAUUCUGACAAAAACAAUAUGUUACCAGCAUGUCAGCCACACUAACAAACACAAUAACAACUACAAGCCUUGAGUUGGACCAAAGGAGGUGCUAUUCUUUUCUCUCUUUUUUUUUUAUUGAAAUUACCAUUGUUGUUAUGCAAAUUGUGUUUAACUCUUGCAAGCUCCUUGUUUACAGAAGGAAUGUCAUGAGAAAGCUGAGGAGGCUUGAAUCCACUGUAAGCGUUGGUGAAUCAUCCAGUGAUGAGUCAUCUCCCCAACAAAUCAUCCGUGUGACAAAGUCUCAUGCCUGUCUGUUCAAAGCGUCGUCACACUACACCAGUGCACACGGGAGACAAUAGUACACAAUGAGAGCGAAUUCUGAUUGACUUUCUGCUCAUGUGCUUUCCUUCUGAAAACAAGGUAUUUUCUUAUCUAGUUUCAUUUUGACAAGUGCUGUUCCCUUUUUUCGUUUUGUUUUGUUUUUGUUUUUGUUUUUUUUUUGUAUCUCGUACAUGUUUACAUUGUAUCUCGCAUUGCCCAAAAGAGAAACAAUAUUAAAUGUAUUAUCUUUGUUGUUUUA